AUGUGGCUCUGGGAGGAGGUGUUUAGGGAGGUCGUCGAGCAUAGCUGGAGUAGGACUUCUGGUCUUGAUGUGUUCCAUAGGAUCGAGGCGUGUGGAAGAGACAUUGACCGGUGGGGGCGUGCUUAUAAUAAACAUUUCCAAAUGAGGAUUGAUAGAUACCGACAACAACUUGAGGUGUUAAGGCCUCGAACAGACCCUGUGGGCAGUGCAUCGUAUGACAGGGUUGAGCGGGAAUGGUUAACUUUGUUAGAUCAGCAGCAUGUCUAUUGGCGGCAGAGGGCAAAGGGGCACUGGUGUAAGGGAGGGGAUUUAAAUACUAAGUUUUUCCACAAUUCUGUGAAGGCAAGACGGAGGCGGAACAGGCCGGGAGAUGUUGCUGAUGUAAUUGCUUGUCUUGGCUCCCAUAUUACGGACCGCGAUAAUGCAAUGCUUACCAUACCGGUAAGCUGUGAGGAGGUUAGGAAGGCAGUGUUUUCCAUGCACCCCAACAAGUCACUGGGCCCUGGGUUUUUCCAACACUUCUGGAUUACGGUAGGAGGGGAAGUCACUGGGUUCUGUAGGGAGUUUAUUGAGACAGCAAAGUUGCCGGGCAAAGUCAAUGACACGUUUAUUGUGUUGAUUCCCAAAAAACCAGUGCCUGAAACGAUUAAGGACCUUCGGCCUAUUCCACUAUGCAAUGUUUCAUAUAAGAUCGCGGCGAAGGUAUGUGCGAAUAGGCUCAAUCCUUUGUUGGAUAAGGUUAUAUCGAAAGCCCAGAGUGUUUUUGUGCCUGGGCGCCUUAUAACGGAUAAUGUGAUGCUAGCUUUCGAGACACACCAUUUUCUAAAAAGGAAAACGCAAGGCAUGGAUGGGGUGGCGGCCAUGAAGAUUGAUAUGAGCAAGGCGUAUGACAGGGUUGAGUGGCGGUUUCUACGAGUUGUCAUGUUGAAGCUUGGUUUUAACGAGAAAUGGGUGAACAUCCUGAUGGAGACGGUAACCGGUGUCAAGUACCACAUUCUUCAUGAGCAGAGGCUGUUAGGGCCUGUUGUGCUAUCACGAGGCCUAAGGCAAGGGGACCCGCUGUCACCAUAUCUAUUCUUGCUGGUGGUGGAGGGGGCAUCGGGGCAGCUUGUGAAUUAUGACAAAUCACUCAUUUGUUUCAGCAGUAACACUGACAAUGAGAGAAGAAAUACAGUGGUGGAUUCGCUCGGUAUCAGGCAAGGGGAUACGGCGGGGAAGUAUUUGGGGCUGCCAUCCUUGGUAGGAAAGAAUAAGAAGGCUGUUCUAGGGGAAAUUGAGGUCAUUCUAAACCAAUAUUGGUGGACGGGGAAGGUAGCGGGGAGUGCAGGGAUAAGGUGGCGGGCAUGGGGAGCAAUGUGUGCUCCGAAAGCAAAAGGCGAGUUGGGGUACAGAACCAUGCUUGAAACAAAUUUGGCACUACUGGGGAAACAGACUUGGCGGCUUUUAACUAGGCCGGAUUCUCUCGUUGCACGGGUGUUUAAGAGCAGUGGUAUAGGCGGAGCAUAUAUAGGGGACAGCAGAACAACUACAAUAGGGAGGGAUCCAUGGCUGGUUAAGGCGGAGGACCCGUAUGUGAAUACUAAGUUACAUGACACAGUUAGUAGCGCGCCGGUAAGCUCUUUGUUCAAUAUGGCCGGGACUAGUUGGGAUCGGGACUGUGUGCUUGAUGUAUUUAAUGCCAGGGAUGCUAAUUAUAUUCUUAAUACACCGCUUCAGGUUCCUCCCAAGGUGAAGAUGUUUGCAUGGCAGCUAGCUACAUCGGUGCUUCCAACUCGUGAAGCUCUGGCCAGUGCUCAUGACAAUGGAAACAUUACAAACUGGUUUUUUGGCAUAUUGGGGUGCCUAAAUGAUGACACUAAGAACAAGUUUGUGAUGUUGUGUUGGGCAGUUUGGACGAGUAGAAAUGCGAACGUGUGGCGGGGGGACCAGUUUGUGAGGGAAUCAGUGCUACAUGACACUAUGAGGUAUUGUCAGAACUGGAUGGCGAUGCACGUGGAUUGCCGGGGUGCGAAUGGCGUCCAGGCGGAGGAGGCAUGGCGUCCUCUAGAGGUCGGCAGGCUUAAGCUAAAUUGUGAUGCAGCGUUCGACUUCAUCCAUAAUACCAUGGGUUUGGGGUGGGUGUUGCGGGAUGAUGGCGGACGGUACCUGGCAGCAAGGGGUGUUCAUGUCCAUGGCCAAUACACGGUGGAGGAGGCAGAGGGGUUUUGCUUGCGUGAAGCUCUAUCGUGGCUACGCGAUACGGCCUCGUUACUACAUGGGGUUAGUUUUGCUUAUGUUAGGCGAUCUGUGAACUGCACGGCCUAUGCUGUUGCACGGGAAGCCGUUUCUAUGACAGGUCCAGCUGCUGCUGUUGAUCCUCCGCCAUAG